CCGAGUUGGAAGUCGGUCUUUGAUCCACCCGCAGUUCUCAAGUCAACCCUUCACUGGCGAAGCAGCCCGGUUCCCUGCAGCAGGCCGCGUGGUCUUUUGGGGCAUGGCUUUUUCAAACACCUCUAUCCUUCCCUACUCUGCUUCAGACGUCUUCCGCGGAUCGACUUUCCACAGAUCAUCCCGCCACCCCGCCGAGUCUUCCGUCUCUUCCUAUCAGAACCCUCCCGGUAGUCCCUCGAGUAUGGCUCCUAGUCCACAGCUAGACAGGCUUUCCGCUUCCGGGACUUUUGAGAACAGAAACUCUGGUGCUUGGAGCCGGAGUCCAAGCAGGCGACGUCACCAAUCAACCCGCUCGCCUUCCCGUUUCUACAGCGCAGACGUGCCGAAGCAAGUCGUCCUAGUUCCCUGCAUCCCAGGCUUGCGCUUUCUACAAGAGUCCCGUUAUAACUUCAUCAAUCCGGGAUUGUUUGAGAUAGUUGGCUAUGAAGUCUAUGUCGUCGAGCAGUGGGCAACCAGGCGAGCGAGAAAUGCCUGCAUCGUCUGCUACACGGGCAAUCCCGACCACGUCGUCACAGUCGCCUCAGUCACGAUUCCUGCCGAUUCGCAGCUCUGGCCAAAGACCCUUUCCUUGUUCAUGGACGACUUGGCGAAAAUGAACGCCAAAAAGAAUCCAUAUGAGCCGCUCAAUGCCUUCCUAUACGUCACCAGUCUCUCUUCCUUCCCUUCCAGUUUGACACUGAUCCCUGUUCCCGACGGCGACUUUCCCUCUCAUCUCAAAGACUUCAUUCUGAACGAAAACUUGCGCAGAAUUGGUUGUGGUGCUCGUUCUGGCAUCACAUUGAACAAGCCUGCCGAUGCGAGUCGCGACAAAUUCUAUCAGCUAUACAAACUCAGCGAUCGAGUGCCGUUUGAGGAUGCGGUGAUUGAUCUCGUGAAACUGGUCCAGGUGUGCCUUUAUUACUUUGGUCUAUUCAAACUUGCGGACGUUGAUGGGCUGUUGUGCGACAUGACCGAGAAGGCUCUCAAUACUUGGUGGCACGACAUCGGAGUUGGUCAUUAUGGUAGCCAGUCCGAGAGAAGUUUGGGCCCUACCACUGUCGCCGCAGUGUUGGGCAUGGUCGUCGGAUGUCGCCAUCGUCUCAAUGGUUCUGGAGCACCUGUUCCGAAGGACCCGUUUGACAUGGAUGUGUUCCAGCAAAGCAUUGGCUCUUUUCAGCGGCAGUACAAGUUGAAAGGCAACCUCAUACUCGAUCCAAAUACACGCGAGAGCUUGUUCAAGAUUUCAGGAAAGAUUUCAGCGUCGGAAAGGUUUGCGAUUGCGAAAGUGGUCAAGACAACUGUUCAAGAUUUGUCCGGCAUUCACUCGCAAAACGCAUCAGAUGUUGAGACCACCGAAUACGACAAGUUCCUACAGAACGUCUAUGGGCACACUCUUCGAUAUCUUUUUCUGGGAAAGGGAAACGCCAAAGAAUAUGAAAGAUACAUGAAGAGUAUAUCCAAGUAUGCGUACACUUGGGAAAAUUAUGCGCAGUUCGCCAAACAGCUGGUGCCACAAAGUCCCUCCACAAGUUCUCCCAAGCAGCAGUCGACCGGGACAGAGAAUGACGCAACGCUCUCGCAAAAGAGUACUUUGUCGUCCCAUCUUUCGCCGGAAGUCAGCAACAAAAGCUCUGGGACUCGCGCAUCAUCGUCCAAACAAGAUCUACAGUCUCUCUCUCCUCGUCAAUCUGAAGGGUUGGAAACAAAACUACCAAAACCAUCAGCGGCGGUGUCUACUACAGCAAGCAGCACUUAUUCGCGCACUGACUCAGAUUCGGACUACGACCAAUCCGAAGAGAUAGCCGAAAAUCAGUCUCUUAUGAAGCGAACAGGAUCUUCACUUUUUGAUCAAGUUCCAGAUUUUGUGCGGAUGCAACGAAGAGAGCGAAGGCAAGCGCGGAACGACGAGGCCUCUGAAUCCAACGCCGAGUUGACUUCUGCGGCCACAGUGGAGUCUGCUGCGUUUGAUGGAACAUCGAAGAUUCAUCUCAAGGAUCGAAUGCAUAGGCGGAAAGUCAAGACAGACGAGGCCUUACGGAAAGCAGGGAAUUAUUUGAAAUCAAAGCGGGGGCGUCCAGAAAACGAAGAAAUGGUCAGCCAGCAGUUGUAUUCGGCAAGCAGCAACAAGUCAAAAAAGACGCUCAGCGGGAGACAUACAGGCGAAGUCGAUAACCGACCUCUUUCAACUGCGGGCUCUAGUGCACCUUCAAUAGCAACCGAUUUUGCUGGAGGAGUUGAUGAUCCUGACGCGCCAGAGGUUUUCACAGACUAUCGGUAUGAGGAUGAUGUUUCGGAUGAUGGCGAUGAGUACGAUGAAGUGGAUGAAGAGGCAGAAGAGUACUUCAGCAGUCGCAAACUUCGGCACAGGACGACGAGUGAAGCUGAAUCGGAGAAGGCACUUGGAGAUGAGACAGUCAACCACGAGUCCCGCGCAAGUCUCGUCGUGGAGAACGAUCAAAUGAGAGAGGAGAGAAUACUUCUGGAAGCCAUCGAAGACGAGUUCAGAAUGGGCCUGGACCGCCAAAAGGCUGGACAGAUGGGAGUCAUUCCUCGACGAGCAUAUUCAUUUGACGAUUUGGGUGUACAUAUAAGCCACAUCAACACUCGGAGCACGAACACAGAGAGCGUACCCCUUGCGUUGUCGAAAUCAUCUGAUAGUGCGCAACUGAAGAGCUCUCUAUUGCCGAUGGAUACACUUGUUAUGGAGCCUCCCAACAAUAGCUGCAGUUACGAAGACGCGCCUUGCCGUCGAUCUAGUUUCUCAGUCGCUGAAGCUGCUGUGUUUCGUCGAACAGAACCGUCUGAGUAUUCGCCUGAUUACGUUCUGCAAUUGAUCAAGCAAGUGAAGCGCAGAGAGGAAUGGUGUUCAAGCGAGACCAAAAAAGCUGAGAUUAUCAGAGGUGAUUUCGAAUUGCAGCAAGCCGAUUUGAUGAUGUUUUAUGCGCACUCAGAGCGAGAUAUGAAUGCCUUGGAAGAGGAGUAUCAUCGUGUCGUACAGCGCGAAGGGUAUUUGGCCAAUGGAAUCCGGGAUCUAGAUAUGGAGGCAGCGCGGCUGCAAUACGAGAUGCGGACGCUGGAUCAGAAGCUCGAUGAGCUGGAGGAAUCUGUAGAUUCAUUUGGUGAGAAGGUGGAAGCUCUUGAGGACAGACUGAGAGAAGCUGCUGGGAAAAAGAUAAGUGCGAGUCAAGCAUCGCGCGGAGGGGUGAAUGCUCAGAAGGAUAGUGGGAUCAUGAAAACUUAGUUCGGAGGAGUCGGGUUUGUGGCCUGGUAGGAGUACCUUGUCGAAUUGUAUAUAUUUUGUCUAAAUAUCGAAAACCGGAAGACUGGUUGGUUUCUAUCAACCUGUUUAUCAAUACUGGUAAGCCAGCCUGUUAUAUAUUAUAUU